AUGGGCUCAGAAACGACUCCGGUACCGCCGGCACUGCGGAAAAGGGUGUUGAAGGUGCUGUUCAUCUCGCUGCUGCUAGACUUGAUAUCCUUUACAUUCAUCCUCCCGCUAUUCCCCAAACUCAUCGAGUUCUACCGUAACCAUGAAACCGGAGACCCGAACACGAUCCUCUCCAAGAUCCUCGCUGGCCUCAAUGCGUACAAGAACUCGUUCGCGAAACCCAUCAACUCCCGCUACGACAUAGUCCUGCUCGGCGGCGCACUCGGAUCGCUUUUCUCGCUGUGCCAGGCAGUCGCGUCUCCCUUUAUCGGAACACUUUCAGACAAAUAUGGCAGGCGCACAGCUCUCCUGUGGUCCAUGGUGGGCAACAUCUUCAGCGUUGCGCUCUGGGUCGCAGCCACCGAUUUCCGCACCUUCCUUGCCAGUCGCGUGGUGGGAGGGCUGAGCGAGGGCAACGUGCAGCUUGCCAUGGCCAUCGCGACCGACAUCAGCGACGACAGCCAGAGAGGCUCGACCAUGGCGCUUGUGGGCGUAUGCUUCAGCAUCGCCUUCACCUUCGGGCCGGCGCUGGGCGCAUACCUCUCUACACUGCAAGUCAUGGACAACAACCCGUUCGCGAUGGCAGCGGGCUUCUCUCUGUUCUUGAUCGUCUCGGAGACCAUCUACCUCUACAUCAGCCUUCCAGAGACGCUGCCAUCGGCGAGCAAGGCUGAGAACGGCACCACGAACGGGCAUGCCAAAGGCAGCGAAGCACCGAAACCUCGCGGCCGAACGAACUCGCACUUCCUACUCAACGCUACGCACUUCACCUUCAUCCUGUUCUUCAGCGGCAUGGAGUUCUCGCUACCCUUCAUGACAUACGACCUCUUCUCCUACCAGGCCAAGGACUCUGGACGACUGCUUGGUUUCAUUGGGUUGGUCGCAUCCCUCCUCCAAGGAUCCGUAGUGCGGCGGAUGCACCCUCUCAAGGUGGUCCAAAUGGGGGUGACGCAGGGCGCACUCUACGGGGCCGCUGCGCUUCUUGCCGUAACAAGCGCGACCGUCGUUACCGGCCUCAACAGUCUCUCGUCAUUCGAGGCGAGCGCAGACGAGCGAGGCAACAAGCUGGGCAACCAUCGGAGCUUCGGUCAAAUCGGACGUUCCCUCGGACCCCUCAUCUUCUGCACACUCUACUGGUGGGCGGGCCGCGAGACGGCAUAUGCGACCGGAGCUGCCGGCAUGGUCGGAGUCGGCGCAUUGGUGUUUGGAGGACUCAAGGUGCCACCGGGCACAGAGAACAUUGGCAAGAAGGAGAAAAAGGCAGUCAAAUAG